AUGACAGAUGCCUGGACGUCAAUUCCUUCCCACCUGCUCCGCGCCGAGCUCCAGAGGCGGCAGGACGAGGGCGAACGGCCUCAGUGCGGCGGGCACAACUCGGGAUGGUACGACACCGCGGCGCACAUCUUUGCGCUGCUCCUGAUUCUCGUUCUGAGCACCCUCGCAUGCGGCUUCCCCCUGCUCUCCCGACGAGCGACGACAGGGCAUCGCCAAAAGAACAUUGUCUUCUACUGCCAGCACAUUGGCACCGGCGUCCUCCUGGCCACGGCCUUUGUGCACCUGCUGCCGACCGCCUUCUCGUCGCUGACCGACCCGUGUCUGCCGUACUUCUUCAGCAAGGGAUACACGCCCUUCCCAGGCCUCAUCGCCAUGAUCUCCGCCAUCGUCGUCGUGGGCGUCGAGUCCUACCUGACCGCUCGGGGCGCGGGCCACUCGCACUCGCACGCGCACGACUUCUGGGAUGAGGAUGAGCAGGACGACGUCGACCACGAUGCGCGGGAGCUGCCGACGGUCGCCAACGGCAUGGCGGGCAGGCGUGGGCAUGUGACGGGGCGACGGCCGGCCGACAUCUCGCUCGACAACCUGGAGGCGUCAGAGGGGCUCAUGGCCGGCGUCUCGCCCUUGCCUGGGUCGAGCCCGGCGAUGCCGCGGCGACGGUCUGCGGACGAUGAUGACGACGACGACGACCAUGAUGAUGACCGAGACUCGGAUCUCGACUUGGACCUGGCGGAGCUCGAUCCCGUCUCUGCCGGCGGAAGCGCUCAGAACGGCGCAUACUCUUCGCUUUCCCGAGGAGGCGGCGGCGAGGCUCCCGACGGCAAUCAAGUGCAGUCCCCGGAGGAGCAGAAGCGGCGGAUGCUGCAGUGUCUGCUGCUGGAGGCGGGCAUCCUGUUCCACAGCGUCUUCAUAGGAAUGGCCAUCUCUGUGGCGACGGGCCCGGCCUUUGUCGUCUUCCUCGUCGCCAUCAGCUUCCACCAGUCGUUUGAGGGCAUGGCGCUGGGCAGCCGCAUCGCCGCGAUCCAGUUCCCCAGGGGCUCCGUCCGCCCCUGGCUCAUGGUGCUGGCCUACGGCACCACCACGCCCAUCGGCCAGGCCAUUGGCCUCGUCCUGCAGCGCAAGUGGGAUCCCAGCAGCGCCACGGGGCUCGUCGUCGUGGGCACCACCAACGCCAUCUCGUCGGGCCUGCUGCUCUACGCGGGGCUGGUGCAGCUGCUGGCCGAGGACUUUCUGACGGAGAAGAGCUAUCGCGUCUUGAAGGGCAAGAGGCGCGUCCAGGCCUACUUUUCCGUCGUGGCCGGCGCGGCGCUCAUGGCGGCUGUGGGAGCGUUUGCCUAG